AUCUAUCUAUCUAUUUGCAUAUGCUAAGGAAAUGGGAUCAAUGGUCAUUAUUCGCCCACGAUUUCUUGCUCCUAUCUUUUUAUAUUAUUCAUCCUCUGCCCAUCCUACAUAAUCCUUUACUUGGAGGAUUAGCCUCAGAAAUAUUUGUCCAUCAGUAUUAAAAAGUUUGAGGGUGGUUUUAAUGGCAACGAUAAUGCCGGUGGGUGAACAAGCCAACAGGGUGUUUUUGGUUGUCGUGACAAUUUUAAUUGCCACAUUGCUGGUGAACCCAGUGAUUGCCUCUUAUUCAGAGUCAACUGAGAGUCAUAUAUCUGCAUCUAAUCUAAACCUGGCCACAAGGAAAUUACAUUUCCAGGGGUUUCAUGGCAAAUCCAAGGACUUAAAGACAAAGAGAAUGUUAAUAGGAUCAACUGCACCUACAUGUACCUAUAACGAGUGUCGAGGAUGCAAAUACAGGUGCCGAGCUGAACAGAUUCCGGUUGAUGGCAAUGACCCUUUGAACAGUGCUUACCGUUACAAAUGUGUUUGUCAUAGGUGAUUUUUGUGUCAACAGUUCUGAGAUAUCUACCUCGUUUUGCAGUUAUUAGUCCCUAUAUUUAUUUCUCAUCAAAAAAAAUUAGUCCCUAUAUUUAUUGGUAUGUAUUAUGUGGGGCCCACUCCUACUUUUAUUGCAUUUUGUAUGGGUGCAAGGAGUAGGAUGGUGCCCCAGAUGUGGUAAGUUUUUACCAUUUGUAAGUUUUGUCCUAAGGUUAAAUAUGUUUUACAAAAUAUGGCUGAGGCCUGAGCCUAUUGAGAUGUCAAAAUUUUGGCGACUCUUGGUAGUAUAUCUCAUUUUGUUGAACUUCA